AUGCCCGGCGGCAGCGGCGGCGGCGGCGGCGGCAGCCCGGCGCCCUGCACUCAGCUGGGAGCGGAGGAGCCCGGCGGCAGCGGCGGCGGCGGCGCGGCGGCGGCGGGCGGCAGGAUGAGCCUGUCGCCGAAGGAGCUGUCGAGCCUGCUGAGCAUCGUGUCGGAGGAGGCGGGCGGCAGCACCUUCGAGGGCCUCUCCAGCGCCUUCCACCACUACUUCGGCAAGGCCGAGCACUUCCGCCUCGGCUCCGUGCUCGUCCUGCUCCUGCAGCAGCCCGACCUGCUGCCCAGCCCCGCGCAGCGCCUCACCGCCCUCUACCUCCUCUGGGAGAUGUACCGCACCGAGCCCCUCGCCGCCAACCCCUUCGCCGCCGUCUUCGCCCACCUGCUCAACCCCGCGCCCGAGCGCGGCGGCGACGAGGCGGAGCGCACGCCGCUCUCCGGCUUUUUACCUCCCAUAACUCCUCCAGAAAAAUUCUUUCUUUCUCAACUGAUGUUGGCCCCCCCUAGAGAACUCUUCAAGAAGACUCCUCGGCAGAUUGCUUCAAUGGAUGUGGGGAACAUGGCCCAGUCAGUGGAUAUAAGCGGCCUUCAGCUAGCCUUAGCAGAACGUCAAUCCGAGUUGCCAACACAGAGCAAGGCCAGCUUCCCCAGCAUUCUCAGCGAUCCUGACCCAGAUUCUUCCAACUCUGGUUUUGACAGCUCUGUUGCCUCUCAGAUCACUGAAGCCUUAGUGAGUGGACCAAAACCUCCUAUAGAAAGUCACUUUCGACCAGAGUUUAUUCGCCCACCACCUCCGCUCCAUAUAUGCGAGGAUGAAUUGGCAUGGCUAAAUCCAAUAGAACCAGAUCACACAAUUCAAUGGGAUAAGUCAAUGUGUGUUAAAAACAGCACUGGAGUAGAGAUAAAACGAAUCAUGGCAAAAGCUUUCAAAAGUCCCUUGACUUCCCCACAGCAAACACAACUCCUUGGAGAACUCGAAAAGGACCCCAAACUUGUUUAUCAUAUUGGCCUCACUCCUGCCAAGUUGCCUGACCUUGUUGAAAACAAUCCUUUAGUAGCUAUAGAAAUGUUGCUUAAACUGAUGCAGUCAAGUCAAAUAACAGAGUAUUUUUCUGUCUUGGUCAACAUGGACAUGUCUUUACAUUCAAUGGAAGUGGUAAAUAGGCUUACUACUGCAGUUGAUCUCCCUCCUGAAUUUAUUCAUCUUUACAUCUCUAACUGUAUCUCCACCUGUGAACAGAUUAAAGACAAAUAUAUGCAGAACCGCCUGGUACGUCUUGUUUGUGUCUUUCUUCAGUCUUUAAUCAGAAACAAAAUUAUUAAUGUACAGGACUUGUUUAUAGAAGUGCAAGCAUUCUGCAUUGAAUUCAGUCGGAUACGAGAAGCAGCUGGCCUUUUCAGACUGCUGAAGACACUAGAUACUGGGGAAAAUCCAUCAGAGACAAAAGCUUCAAAAUAAAACCAUUUUGCCAUUGGAAAGAAAAAAUCAACAUUCUGUACCAAUUUACUGUAUAUUUUAAGCUUAAAUCAUGGGAUUAACCAAUUUAAUACACUAUAAAUAGUAUUUUAUGCAACAAUAAAUAUUGCUUUUUCUGAUAUGCAUGCUUGAGCUGGUGAAAUGUGUUAGGCCUAACACAUGCUGUGCAUAUGAUAUGCAGCAUUUAACCUUUAGUCAUGGAAUGUACUUAACAGGCUCUGUUCCCAGAGAGAGAUGCAAGUAAGUUUGAUGUGAACUGUCAAAUAUUAUUGAAAUAGUAACUUGGCUUUUUCACUGUCUGUGUCAAAACAGUUCAUGAAUACCUUCAGUUAAGUUUUAUCAAGAUAAGUGACUUCAGUUCCUGUUGGGCCUUUCUCUACCCUCCCUGAAGGCAGCUGAAUUCAACUUUUAAUGAUGCCUGCUGUUUUCAGGGAAUAAGUGAAGUCUAAUGUCUGGAAUAAGCUAAGGCCUUAUAACAGUGCAAUAUGCUCUCUUCAAGAUCACUGAAUUGCAAAAUACUGAUACCAACAGUAGCUGGUAUGUUUUAUGCUUGCAAGAAUGUUCCACUAAAGGGAACCUGUCUCCUUUCUUACAUAAAAUCAAAGUGCAGGAGCAUGUUUACACUUUGCAACUUGCAUAGGCAGUUGCUUUGUGGCUACCAAAAUUAAAGUAGCCUUUUUGCUAAAAGCUGUAAUCAGAGUACCAUUCAUAGAUCAGAGUGCAGGUGCUGUGGAAGGAUGGGGGAUAAAAUACUAUUUCAUGUUGCUAAUAGAAUGACUGCUGUUGCUUAAGCCCUGACAUUAAAAGCAAAAUAAUUUAAUGUGAAGAGUUAGUUUAAUAUUUAAUAGUGCUUGAGAAGUGACAACUGCUGUAAGUUUGCAUCUGCUUCUCAAAUUUUCAUGAAGUGCAAGAUCAAUAAUGCAAGAUCAAGAUUUUCUUUUGGUUUCAUCUUUCCAAGUAAUUUAAGUGGCUAAAUUGCUGGUUGAAAAUCUCAGUCUCUCACCUUACCAGAUUAUGCUGCAUAAGAAGUCCUGUGAGAAGUGCUCCCCAGGGAUUCAGUUUAGAGUUACAGAGCUUCCCCCCAAUUAAGAUGUAUUAAGUAAGUUUACUGAAGUGGCAUUUUAUUUAAGCUCUGUUUCAAUUGUAAAAUUUCUUCCUUAAACGAGACAAGUUUGCUUCAAAUCACCAUUAACAGCAAGAGUCAAUAUUGCUCUAAAUUUGUAACCUGCUGUUUCACAUUUACUGCAGCAUUUGACUGCUAUAACAAGAAAGAUUCAUCCUCUACUAGUAUUCUUCUUCAGAUAGUACUUAAAAGGGAGUUCUUUAUAGAGCAUUUAAGCUUCUGUUUGGAAGUUAUUACUACAGCUUUAAACAAAAUAACAGACUCCAUGAAAAAUUGAUUACUACUCUUAUUAGCUGCCCUGCAAGUUUGAGUGAAUUUCCAUUUUAACUUGCAGAAAUACUUUAACAAAAUUUAAGCCAUAAGAAAAGUAGGUAGAAGGCUACAGUGCUACAGCAAAGGCCUAGCAGUUCUAGCUCUUCACACUACUUGCUUGAAUUCUGUUAGCCUACGUAAGUCUUCCAUCCAUGGAUUAAUCCUGUAGUUGUAAAGUUAUCAGUGAUCAGUAAUCAGAACAGCCUUAUGAUUUAGCAGUGGAAUUUCUGCAAUGUAGUCCUCAGGAACUUGGCAGAAUAUCCCAUUCAUUUUAUACUUUUGUGGGUUGAUGAAAAUACUUAAUUUUGUUACUUAAUUUGCUAUUAUCUUCUGUCCGUGUUUCUUCUCAGGAGGGAAAGUGAUCCUAAGUAAAGGCUACAUAGAAAAAAAAUGCAACAGGCAGAAAGGAUGUGAACUUCCAUGUAGGCAACAUUUUUGUAAUUCCCCAAGCAAAGUUAAGUUUGUUCUGUGCUUUGUUGGUUGAGUGUCUGGCAUCCAUUUACAAAAAUAUAGUAAAGAAAAUAAGUGCUGCUUUUUUUAAAA